GAGGCUUGCGGCUCUUGUGCCUGGGAAUUAGAAAAGGGCUUGCCGGUUCCCCCACCCCCCUGCCUGCCUGCCUGCCUGCCCGCCUGCCCGCCUGCCCCGGGGGCGUAGUCGGGAGGAGCGGUGGAAAGCAGCCCCCUGGGCCGCGGCAGGAGAUUGGAGGGCGAAGGGUCAGGUUUGCCAGCGGCAGCUGAUGCGCGGCCGGCGUGUGGUGCAGCGCCCGCUUUUACGCGCGGCAGGCGAGAGGGGAGGAGAGAGAAAGUUUCAUCAUCGCCCCACAGAACCGAGCCGGCUUAUAAAAACUCCCGGCUCCGUCGCCUCGGUGGCUUCCCAGUCUAGCGCAGGGGAAGGCGGGGAAAGCCCUCAGUCGGCGGCGCAAGCGGAGGGGAGCAGCAGGGCUCGGUCGUUAACGCGCGAGGAAUCCGGACGAAUCCCCGGAGAGCUCAGAUGGGAGUUCAAACUGAAAAUGGCAAUGCGCCCAGGAUCGGCAACAGUCGCCGGGGCUUCAGCACCUGCUCCGGGAACAUCUACAACAUGAAGGUCUUUGUGUUCUGCCAUGGCCUACUACAACUGUCUCAGCUCCUCUACAGUGCGUAUUUCAAGAGCAGCCUGACGACCAUUGAGAAACGUUUUGGCCUUUCCAGUUUCUCCUCCGGCUUCCUCUCCAGUUUGCAUGAGAUCGGCAAUGUCAUCCUCAUCAUCUUUGUCAGCUACUUUGGGAGUCGAGUUCACCGGCCCAGGAUAAUAGGUGUGGGAGGCCUGCUGAUGGGAGUGGCAGCCUUCCUUCUCACCCUUCCACAUUUCAUUUUGCCCCCGUACAAAUACUCUACAACCUCCAUCGAUAAGAACAGCAGCUUCACAGCUGAGAUCUGCCUCCGAGAGAACGAACGCCCAGUCACAAACAUCUCCACAAGUACCAAGUCAGAACAAAGCUCUUGGUGGGGACUAAUGGUAUUUGCCCAGCUGCUGGCAGGAAUUGGGACUGUUCCAAUUCAACCUUUUGGGAUCUCCUAUGUGGAUGAUUUUGCAGAGCCAAGCAACUCUGCUUUGUAUAUAGCAAUCUUAUUUGCCAUAUCGGUGUUUGGGCCUGCAUUUGGAUAUCUUCUUGGCUCAGCAGCACUGCGGAUCUAUGUGGAUUUUGGAAGAGUUGACAUGAAAACUAUAGAUUUGAAUCCUGGAGACCAGCGUUGGAUUGGUGCAUGGUGGUUGGGACUCCUUGUUGCUUCAGGUUGCUUGACACUCACAUCCAUUCCCUAUUUCUUCUUCCCUCGACAUAUGAUCAAAGGGAGGGUAGAUUCUGAAGUGGACAUCUUGAAGAAGAUUGAGAAAACAAAGGCCGAAGAAGGAUCCCUGCUGGAAUUCAUUAAAAAGUUCCCUCAAGGCUUCCUCUCGCUGAUUCUUAAUCCAUUCUUCGUAUUACUGGUCUUAGCUCAGUGCAGUUUCUCCUCAGUCAUCGCUGGACUCUCUACCUUCCUCAACAAAUACCUGGAGAAAGAGUUUGGAACCAGCCCCUCCUAUGCAAACUUUCUCAUUGGAAUCAUCAAUCUGCCUGCUGCUGCUCUGGGAAUGCUGUUUGGAGGCAUCGCCAUGAAGCAUUUUGGCUUCUCCCUGAAAACCAUCCCACGUUUCUCCAUUAUUGUGCUGCUCAUUUCCACACUGCUGUGCCUUCCUCUCUUCUUUACAGGCUGUUCCCCAGAGACUGUGGCUGGAAUUUAUCCACCCAGAACAUCUAGUUCCUCGUUGCAGUUUCCAUGCAACAAGCACUGCUUCUGUGCUGAUCUCUUCCACCCAGUCUGUGGAGAUGACAAAGUGGAAUACAUCUCUCCCUGCCAUGCAGGUUGUACUGCCUUCAGCAUAAAUUCUUCUGCAGACAUGGUGAUGGUGUAUACAAACUGCUCCUGUGUCAACACGACAGAUGGACAGUCCUCGGCGAAGUCAGGGUCCUGCCCGAUUAGCUGUGGCCAUUUGCUGGUUCGUGCUGUAGGUCUCAUCUCAUUUGCAGCACUGGUAGCCUGCCUGUGUCACAACCCUCUCUACAUGAUGGUGUUACGUGUGGUGAGCUAUGAUGAAAAGUCGUUUGCCAUUGGAGUCCAGUUCUUGUUGAUGAGAUUGCUAGCUUGGUUGCCAGCUCCUGCCCUCUUUGGCUUACUCAUUGAUUCUUCAUGCAUCUGGUGGAGAAAACAGAAUGGCAAGAUUGGAUCCUGUGCUUACUAUGACAACAGCCUACUGCGCAACAGGUACUUGGGUCUCCAGGUGGGCUACAAACUUCUUGGCGUUUUGCUGUUGAGCUUAAUCAGCUGGAAGAUGACCAAGAGCAAGGAAUACAAUGUGCAACAGAAAUCCUCUGGCCCAGUAUAGCUUUGCAGUAAAGGACACCUCUUGAGCAUCAUUUUAUGGCUUGAGCACUGUUUUGUACCUUGCCUGUAUUUACUUAACUGCCUUUGUGGCAUUUUUACAUUAAGGGAACAGCUUCAUAUUCACAACUGAACAUUCAAUUCUUGCACAUAAGCUCCUGAUACGUGCAGCUCAGUGAAAUGGACAUUGUGGCGCUGAUAAAUGGAGCUAUAAGCUGGACUCCCAAGAUCUGGCCAAAAGGAUAGUGUUAAAGAGCCAUGGCCACCCACUAUUCUUUCUGGGAAGUCUCAAUGAAAAUGUAUAUGGAUCUAGGACAGGCAUGCCCAACAAGGGCUCUUGUGGCACUAAGCUUAUAGUUUGCAGCCAACGUGACACGCUCUAGAGUGGACAUUUCUUUUGUUCUUCUAAGCAAAUGAAUCAGUUUAUAGAAAGCCAACCUGGACUCCUGAAAAACAUUUGAAAGAUAGGAAUGGCAAAUGAUAGCUGUUACAGUUAGCAGAACACAGCUUCUUAGAAGUCUUUUGGUGAGAAGGAAGCAGUCCUAUAUUGACUGUGUUGUGUUGUUUGCAUGGGGGUAUUGUUUGUUGGAGCAUCAACAGCUCAUGGUUCCAUCUCCACUUUCAUACCACCUUUCUUUUCUCCCCCUCUUCCUUCCCCCUCCCCCAUUGCACAGGUCAGAGUGAAUAUAAACUUUACUCACUGUUUAAAGUUAUUGUUAUGAAAUACUGAAGUUUUAAAUAAAAACAACUUUUUCCUA